CCGUACUAACCAAAGACUGUGGCAUCCUUCUUCCUAUAACCAAACGCCCGUACUUAACUUGAGUCAACCAAACCCAAACGGCCCAAACCGGCCACUACACAAGAACAGCCACCCUUCGUCCUGAAAUUUGAGAUUUCAUUCCUCUGCUCAACCCGACCCACCCACCUAAAAUGCGCUCCAAACCCGAAAGCCAAACCUUCACAGCUUCGAUGGAGCCGCUGUCGUCCGGCUCGGUGGACCCGAUCUUUCACCUCCUCCGAAUCGUCCCCUUCAGCUUCCUCCGCCCGCCCAAGCUCCGCCUCAAGCUCCCAACCCUAACCCUCCCCUCCCCGAUGACCGUCUACGCCCUCGUCCUCCUUACCUACUUCAUGGUGGUCUCCGGUAUUGUAUACGACGUCAUAGUCGAGCCCCCCGGCAUAGGAUCCACCCAGGACCGCGCCACCGGCUCUGUACGACCCGUCGUCUUCCUUCCCGGACGCGUUAACGGCCAGUACAUCGUCGAGGGCCUCUCUUCUGGGUUCAUGUUCGUGCUUGGAGGCGUCGGCAUCAUCCUCAUGGACCUCGCGCUCGACCGCAACCGCGCCAGAUCCGUCAAGGUCUCCUACGCCACCGCGGGGAUCUCCUUCGUGGUAAUUGCUUACGUGAUGAGUAUGCUAUUUAUUCGGAUCAAGAUCCCGGCUUAUCUUAGUUGAAGUUGCAAUUCAGUUUGGAAUCGUAUAUGUUUGUUCUAUGUUCCGCGGGAUUCUGUUCUAGGUUGAUUUCUUGAGAUGAAUUUUUUGUAUGGAUCAUGGAUUUCUUCUUAACUCAAUAGCGCUACUUAUUAGGUUUUUCCUAUUUAUGAAUCAUUACCAUUAUUGUGGUUGUGUUGGAUAUUGCCAUUAUCUAUUAGCACGUGAUCUGCUCGAGUAGAAUAUUUCUGCAUAUCAGGACGACAGGACCAUGGUUUGAAUCAUAUAUUCAGUUCUCAUUUCCUGUUUA